AACCCCUCGUUCAAGAACCAAGCAUUACAAACAAUACUAUGUAUUCAAUCCGCAACAUUCUCGUCACUGUCGCCCUCCUCGGCGCAGUGCCACUCUCCUUGGGCGCCCCAGCACCAAACCAAGCGGACGCCAUCGCUCAGUACGAUUCUAGCGAGCCGACUACCCAAGAUGAUUCUCUCGAUGCCAAAGACGUCUUGAACGUUCUGGAAGCCCGCGCGGUGAACUGCGGGAUCACUAGCGCCCCAGGCAAGAAUUGCACAGCUAUCAACUGCAAACCUGAGGAACAGUGUACGGUCUCCGCCGCGCAGAAUUGCGUAUGGAAAAACACGAACCCAAGGACUCGUCCGAAUGCCUGCCUGGAAUGCAAGUGCUACAAGUUAUCAUCUUAA